AUGGAGGAAUUAUUGACUGUGCUCGACCCUAUAUUAUUGCUAAAUAUUGCAAUAUAUUCGAUAUUCCUUGCAAUAAUAUUGGGCUCUUCGAUAAAUAUUUUUUUUCAAUAUCGUACACCACUUUUUUGCAGUUUGUUUGGCUCUCUCAUGGUUAUCUUCACAUAUCUCACUGAUUGUGAACGCUUUUGUUAUCCUGAGCGAUCGAUAAUCUUUCUGCCAACCAGUUAUCUUACUGCAGUUGGUUUUCUCGCUCCCAAAUUUUUCGAUUCAAUAGCAAUUACGUGUGAUUCAAAUAAACUACUGUAUGCAGGCUUCGGGACGCCUACAAGCGAAUGUACCAUUGUCUUUGCCCUGAUCUUCUUUUUCAGUAUGCCCGCCUCUUUUUGGUGGAUCAUUUUAACUUUUUCCUGGUUUCUUUCUGCCAGUCUUAAGUGGACUGCCAUAAAUGAUUACUCAGUAUAUUUCCAUAUGAUUGCGUGGGGCAUUCCUUUCAUCAAAACAUUUCUGGUCAUUUUUAUGCAAGCUAUCGAUGGUGAACCAUUGGCCGGUAUCAGUUUUGUUGGUAAUCUAAAUUUUCAUCUUCUUAUGCGCUUCAUCAUAGUCACUCUUUGUAGGACAGUCCUUCAAAAUCUCCAACAUGUAAAAUAUUUUGGAAAUUGGUUUAAACUUCUUUCUUUUUAUGUUUCCAUGUUUUCAGGUAGAAUCCUUUGUAGUUAUCUUAUGGUCGGAAUCUUUUUCCUUUUGGCUGGUCUCAUCUCUAUUGUGCGAAUUCGUAGAGCAAUAAGUCAACAAAUUCGUCAUUUUACUGAUAAAUUUGGACUGGAUAAAUUAAUGGUUCGAAUAAUUAUCUUCUCCAUUUUACAUAUUGUACCAAUGGUCUCAGUAAUCAUUUGUAAUUAUUACCAAUACUCAUACGGCCAUGUCUGGGAAACUCAUUAUAUAAUACUUGUGCAUGUAAUCCAUCUCGUAUUGAAACACCUUAUGUCACCAUUUAUCUGUUCAAAUAUAUAAUGCUUCUGGUUCCAGGGAUAUCCAAUUUCUUCUGGAUAUUAUCAGCUAAAACUCACAGAUCCUGGUGGCAUUGUA